CUGUGCUUGAUCUGCGUUUUUGCAGUUAGGCUGCUGCUUCGCCCAUUAUAUUCCCUCGGAGCUGCUAGUCUGCCUCAACCAGCGGCAGAGUCUCUCGCCUUCCUGUAGGCUCCCAGGAGCCAGAUUCUCUGGUGCAUUGAGCCUUAGGACAAAAUGGCGCUUUCACGGUCCGCUGAGGACCGGCCGGGCCGAGGCGUGAGCUCCGAGGCGGGCCUGAACAAAGGCGACGUGCAGGGAGGCGGGGCGAGGUCCUGCGGCGUUGUUGCCGCUUGGAGUCGGCGCUGGCGCUUCCUCGUGGUGCUGCAUCCGUGCGAGUCCUUGAUAUACUUUCGACGUAGUGGUGGACCGGGUUGGGGUGGUUAUGGAGGGAGAACUUGAGGUGAGGCAAAUUCACAAAUGGCUGAGGAAAGCGUGAAGGGAGUAAAGGAGGGCAGAGGGGAGUUAUGGAGAAUACCCUGCUUUCCUCCGAGGCCAACUUUUUCCUGUCCGUUAGAAACUACUCGCGGUCUGUCCGCAAAUUGUGGAGCAGGAAUUUUCGGGAAUGGUAAGGGCUUUUUGAUCUUUUGUAUGUCCCUGCAGGUUCUGGUAUGAACAGGAUUCGGAUUCACGUCUUGCCAACCAAUCGGGGGAGGAUCACUCCAGUGCCUAGGUCUCAGGAGCCCCUGUCUUGUUCAUUCACUCAUCGCCCAUGCUCUCAGCCUCGUCUGGAGGGACAGGAAUUUUGCAUUAAGCAUAUCCUUGAAGACAAGAAUGCACCUUUCAAGCAGUGUAGUUAUAUAUCGACGAAGAAUGGAAAAAGAUGUCCCAGUGCUGCCCCAAAGCCUGAGAAGAAAGAUGGGGUGUCCUUCUGUGCUGAACAUGCCCGUAGGAAUGCCAUGGCACUUCAUGCCCAAAUGAAGAAGACUAACCCAGGGCCUAUGGGUGAAACACUCUUGUGCCAGCUGAGCUCAUAUGCUAAGACAGAGCUGGGUUCUCAGACUCCAGAAAGUAACCGCAGCGAAGCUAGUCGAAUUCUGGAUGAAGACAGCUGGAGUGAUGGGGAGCAGGAACCCAUUACUGUGGAUCAGACAUGGAGAGGUGACCCUGACAGUGAAGCUGAUAGUAUAGACAGUGAUCAGGAAGAUCCCCUCAAACAUGCUGGUGUCUACACAGCAGAAGAAGUGGCCCUAAUUAUGCGUGAGAAGCUAAUUCGUUUGCAGUCUCUGUACAUAGAUCAGUUUAAACGACUUCAGCAUCUGCUCAAAGAGAAGAAGCGCCGUUACUUACAUAAUCGCAAAGUGGAACAUGAAGCUCUAGGUAGUAGCCUCCUCACUGGCCCAGAGGGACUUUUGGCCAAAGAACGAGAGAACUUGAAGCGACUGAAAUGUCUCCGGCGGUAUCGCCAGCGCUAUGGAGUGGAAGCCUUACUACACAGACAGCUGAAGGAACGCAGAAUGCUGGCCACAGAUGGUGCAGCCCAACAGGCCCAUACCACUCGUUCCAGUCAGAGGUGCUUGGCAUUUGUGGAUGAUGUUCGUUGUUCCAAUCAGUCUCUUCCAAUGACCAGACAUUGCCUUACCCAUAUUUGUCAAGAUACAAAUCAGGUUCUCUUCAAAUGCUGCCAGGGGUCUGAGGAGGUACCCUGCAACAAAGCAGUUCCUGUAAGCCUCUCUGAGGAUCCCUGCUGCCCACUGCAUUUCCAGUUGCCUCCUCAGAUGUAUAAGCCUGAGCAGGUACUAUCUGUGCCAGACGAUCUGGAAGCCGGCCCCAUGGAUCUGUACUUGAGUGCUGCUGAGCUUCAGCCGACUGAGAGUUUACCUCUGGAGUUCAGUGAUAUUCUACUUUGAACUGACUAGAACAGCACUGACCCCCUCAAGAGUGUUUGCUUUUACGGCCUUCUAAGUGUGCACACCACUCUUAUCUUUUUCAGCUUGUACCUUGAUUGGUCUCAGCCACAUAAACCCAUCUCUAAUUUCAUUUGUUUUCCUAAUUAGCACUAAGCUAGUAUUUGAUUUUAGGGAUCAAUUGACAUUCCAUCUUUAUUUUAGAACCUUGCUUAAUCUUUAACCCUCUGGAUAAAGGUCUUCCUUAUUUAUUUUGAAGAUGAAUUUUCAAAGUUUAAUAAUAAAGGUGUCUUGCAUAUAAUCAUAACGUAUUUAAGUAAAAGAUCAGAUCUAAAUGGAAAAAUCAGUUUAAGUUGCAAGAUUGUUUGCUAAGAGUAGAAGCAAGGUUUGGGUGUCCCAAAGGGUCUCUCUUAUGAAAAGAGAUAAACUAGGCCAGUAAUUUUUUUGGGAAACCUGAUUCCAUUUUUUUUUUUUAAUAAUUCUUUUCUCUUGGCUAUAAACUGUCUAUAGACUUAGGAGACUCGAUUUUAAUUACUUCAUUUAUAAUAACAUAACUUUUUAUUAUCCUGAUUAUAAUUGCUUUUAGACAGUUUAUUUUGCAUAGAUUCAUAGACUGAGAACUAGAAAGAGACGUUAGCGAUUAUAUAUCCCAGUACCUCCCAAACUUUUCCAGUGAGGUUAUGUUGAAGACCGUAAGUGGAUAGUCCUAGAUUGAUAAGGACAGGUUUUUGUUCACUUCCUUCAUCUAAUACUUGAAGAAAACCCAGAGGGGUGCUGUCUUUUUUUUAAAACUUCGUAACAUGAGCACCUUUAUAGGAUCUAAUAACCUAAUAAAUGUUACAUCACUAAAUUCUCUUAAAAUAUUAACGUACAUGUGUAUAAACUAAAACUAGCACACGUAUUUUGCAACCUGUAUAUGCACACAGUCUAGGUCAUUAACCUUUAUUCAUCUAAUUAUUAAUUUCUAGAACAAUUUCUGUUUCGAAUUUUUUACUUUUCAAACCCUUUUGCUUACGUUUUUGACUGCUUGGUACACAAAGUUUUUCCAUGUUUUACUGUUAGUUUUUAAGUGGUAUUUUCACAAACCUUUGAUAAUCUAGAUUUAAAAAAAUAUGACUGUUUACAGUAUGUUCGAGGAUUACAUACGGUUACUUGCCUCUUUGGAGAAUGAGUGAAAAUACUAGAUUAUGAGAUGUGAUCAUAGGCUGUUUCUUGACAUGUAAGUAAUAAUAAAAAAAUUUGAAAAUACAUCAUCAGAUUUGUUAAUUUGUCGCAUUAAUUUUUCAAAGAAUGUCAUGAAAAAUAACCUUAUUUGAGAAUCUGAUAAUGUUUUAAGAUGAACCUUUGUUGUUAAGAGGUUUAAAAAUGAAAAACAACCAGCUAUUUGUAGUUGAGCAUCUGUUAUGUUUGUAUUAACAUACUUUUGUUAAGCACAUUAAUCUUAAAAAGUAAGUUUUAUUCUUCCCUUAAUCUUUAGGGGGGGUAAAAAUUCUGCAAAAAGUACCAAAACAAAAUCCAGUUUUAGAAAUGAGUUUUUGUCCACAUAAAUUCUGGGUAUAUUUACCAGCAAAAUUUUGCUGGAAAAAAAUCUUUCUAAAUUAUAUAAACUUCACCAAGCUAAAAAUUAACUCAUUACCUACAUUCUGCCUUAGUUGUCAUUCUGCAACUUGUUAGUACGAUAACUUCUGGUAACUCUGCUUGUGGCUAGACCAAGUAUCAGAUGUUAACAUGGUUAGGAAAGAUUUCAGCCUUUAUUCUGGAUAUUACUUUUGCUAGUUUUCUGUGCUUCAAUCCCAGGAGUCUGGCAAAUAGCAACUUUUAAUACCUUAAUUCUAGUACUUGAUUAUGUCUGUCUUCCCCUCCCUUCCCUGAUGAAUUUUGUUUUUGAGAUAAUAACAAACCUAAAUUCUGUGUCCUCAUACUUCAGCUUCCAGUCAUUCCUGUUAGGAUAGACAUUUUUGCUUAUCUUUUCUUCUCUUACUUUAGAUUCCUUUCCCAAAUUUUAAUUUUUGUAACAGACAACACUGCAUGUGAGAAAGCCUUUUCAGUUCUGUUUUCCUUUGAAAACAUUCCCUCCAUUGUCAUCUUAAGAUUUGGAUCUCUUUUGUGUCACUGCUUAUUAAAUGGUUUCUUUUAAGUUCCAGUUAUUGAUACGAUAGUUGUGUGUAGUAAAAAAACUGCAGAAAAUAGAUUUCAGAAUCUUCCCUGUGAGGUAACACUGGUUUUUGUGGAUAGUACAAAAGUUUUCAAACAUAUCUGAGAAGGACAUUUCUGCUUAAAUUGAACUACUUUAAAUCUAGUAAGUUGUUUAAUCAUAUUCUUUAAUUAUUGUGAAGAUGUGGUUCUCAAUUUUUGGUGAUUAGGACACCAAAAAGAGAGAAAGGAUAGCAGACUCUUAAAGAGCAUAGAACUAAGCUUCAUGUGAAGUUAGAUUACUGGAAACAACCUCUAUAAAGUGGAGUGGGCUCAGGGGAGUGCAUAAUGUUGGGUGUUUUUAACUCUUGGGAGAGUUUAGCAUCAGGCUCUUGGAAAGCAGUGGCAUAAAACUUAGUUUGUUGUGCUUUGUCUGAGCUUUUUGCUGUGUCUUAGGCCCUGAAUCAAGACCAGUGGUUUGCUGUAGCAGUUGGUUUCAAACAGGAGCCAAGAGCAUUGUCUUCCUGUGGUCUUUUGGCUAUUCAUUACCACAAUGGGGAAUGGCCAGUUCAGUUGGAAGAAACAUACUCUGUAGAAAUAUAAUGUCUUUUUUUUUUUUAAUUAGUAGACGUUAUUUUUUAGAACAGUUUUAAGUUUACAGAAAAAUCGAGUAGAAAGUAUAGAGUUCUCUCAUACCCUCUCUCCCGUCAUUUUUUUUUUCUUUUUCUUUAAUAUAUAGAGCAAUUGGACUACUUUAGGUUGAAGAAUCAGAGACUUACUCUGUGGUGAUAGAGAUUUACCCAAAAUAGUAUUUUCUGUUUUCUACCCAUUCAGAGGAACUUUGAGUUUUCUGUCCUCCCUACCUUUCUCUCUGUCCUUGCUUGCUUUGUGGCUGUUAGGGCAUUAAUUAAGCAGUCUCGUAUUGCCCAGUAUUUUUUUUUUUUUUAAUUGUACUUCAGGUGAAGGGUUCCAGAACAAAUAGUUUCUCAUGAAA